AAUGCUUGGUGGGCACCUGUAAUCAGCCCAGCUGCAGGAGGGCUGGUGCAGGCUGUGCUGUCGCUGUGUGAGGAGGUGUUUCUGCUGCAGUGACUGCCUCAGUGUCAACAGGACCCUUCAGUUUUAACUUUGGUGUAGUCAAGGUAUGGUUUCAAAGCUGGCAAGUGUCUGUUCUGGGGGAGGCUGCUGUGGUGGGACUCACAAGUGCUUGGCUGCAGAGUCUCUUCUGGGAAUGUUUCUCCCAUGAGCACACAGAGGUUGGCUCUUGCUGCCUUCACUGACGGUGCAGCUGUCACUGAACACGAGGAAUCGCUGGUGUGACCGUGCCGGGGACAGGAGCCACGGCAGGAGAUCUGCUGCAAGAGGUGUGAUCCCUGCCACUCCUGCCCAGCCUGGUGCCAUGGCUGACAUGAUUUUCGGGAGCGGGACGGGCCAGUGGGUUUGCCCCAACGACCGGCAGCUGGCACUGAGAGCCAAGCUCCAGACGGGCUGGUCGGUGCACACAUUCCAGACUGAGAAGCAGAGGAAGACGCAGGCUCUGAGCCCGAAGGAACUUGAGGUCAUUCUGGAAGUCAUCCGCAAGGCAGAGAAACUGGACAUCAUCGAGCAGCAGCGCAUCGGGCGCCUGGUGGAGAGGCUGGAGAACAUGAGGAAGAACGCCAUGGGGAACGGGCUCUCGCAGUGCCUGCUCUGCGGGGAGCUGCUCGGGCUGCUGGGCAGCACGGCUGUCUUCUGCCAGGACUGCAAAAAGAAAGUUUGCACCAAGUGUGGAAUAGAAACCGUCGGAGCCCAGAAACGUCCUCUUUGGUUGUGCAAGAUCUGCAGUGAACAGAGAGAGGUUUGGAAGAGGUCUGGGGCGUGGUUCUACAAAGGGCUGCCCAAGUACAUCACGCCCUUGAAGAGCAGCAGCAAACCCAUUGAGCUGCACUCGCAGCCGUGGCAGAGCGAGCCGGCCGUGCCGGAGUCGCAGAGCGUCGGGACCAGCCGAUCCUUCACCUGGGCCAGGGGAAAAGUGGUUUCCAGUGACAGUGAGAGCGACUCGGAGCUCAGUUCCUCCAGCCUGGAUGACAAGCCUGUGCCUCUGGGGUCAAAAGGCUCACAAAGGAGAAAGCUCCAAGCAGGACUGGCAGCAUCUCUGGGUGUCCCUGCAGUGCCCAUCAGGGAGCCCAGCCGGGCAGUGGGCAGGGCUCUGGGCAGCACCCACUCCCUGACGCUCUCAGGGAGCCACAGCAGCCUGGGCAGCGAGCAGGGGGCCGAGCUGAGUGCCACGGAGAGCUGCCACAGCGACCACCCGCCCGACGGGCGCGACAGCGACGCUGCCACCCGUGCCCCUGGCAAACGCUGUGUCCGCACCAGAACACGAUGCUGACGGAGGUGAAGAUGGAGCUGCUUUGCCUGGACCCAACACUCACCCCUUGCCCACUCCUCAGACCUCACUCCAGACAACGACUGCUGCCGGCGGUAACUUUAUGAUUCCGGCUCUUCCACAGGCAUUGGCAACACGAUGACACCUGGGAAAGCACCUGCCUGUCCUCCCUGCCUCACUGACCUGGUUGAUGGCUCGGUCUGGUCUCCUCUCCUGCUGGCUGACCCCACUUUGGGGUGCUGCUCGGGGAGGGGUGCCCUGCUCUGUGGUGCUGCCGUGGGGUUUGCUGGAAGGGACACACGAAGUGCCCGCUGGAGCUGAAGAAACGUGUGACAGCUCCGCUGUUCCUGGCUUGCCAAGCCCAGCCUCAGCUCCUGUCCUCGCAGGCUUGGCUCUGAAAUCUUCAGGAGAGAGGGAAACUCACCACUAUGCCCCUGAAACGGGGUGUGAAGAGACCGUGGCCCUUCUACUGCUUUUAAGCCCAGGGGUGGAUUUCCCUCUGUGAACACCAACAGUGAGACUGGGACUCUGAUUUGCACUUGACUCUUACGGGCAGGGUGUCACCCCUGGUGUUUUUUGUCAUUGUUGUUGUGGUUUGAGGUGGUGGAGGCAUUUGGAAUCAGCCAGUGAGGCUGAGAUCACACUCACUUCCACUGCAGUCUCUCUCUGUGACACUCUUUAUGUCUGCUCAGGGGGACACUGGAGUAAGUAAAGAAACACCCAAAGAAAUUUGCUAUGAUUUGUUUGGUCCUCCUGUCUGUGCACUGUGCCUGUGUGUGUCCCGUGUGAGGGUGAUCCUUUGGCAGUGGUGGGAUCAUGGGCAGUGUGCGUUUGCUGCAGCUCCUGGUGGGAGAACACCCCUCACCCCAUGGCCCAGUUGGCUGCCUUUGCACACCCAAAUUGGAUAAAAAAGCUUUCAAAUUACUUUAUCUUGUUAAGUUCCACAGAUUUUCCUCCCCCCUGCACAACUUGUCAUCUCUUGCCUGAGCAAGGGCCUUGCUUUUACCUUUUUCCUGCAAGUCUUGAGCAUCUUGGCUGACUGUGAUGGUGUCAUCAUGAGUCAGGCUGUUGAAAACUGCCUGCCCCGGUCCUGCUUAUUCUCCACGAUGGACAAUUUCCCUCUAAGGCCUGACAAAUAAGAGAAAUCAAAUUACCUGACAUCUCUAGAGCAAUUAGAUCUUUGAAGACCUGAACAAAACCCACACUAGUCUGGUAGGAGUCUGUGGAUUUUAUUAAAUGCUUUGGAGCUGACCUGUCUAUUAUGAAGAAACAAAGGAUUCCAAAAACUUCCCUCUGAAAUCGCGGAGUUAAAGGCAAUUUGUGCCCAUUAAUGUCAGUUUUUUCCCUUGGUUAUUACUCUUUUGUUGUUCUCCUUUGCUGCUGGGCGCUUUGUGUGCAGGUAGUGUAUGUUCUUACAAAUGGCUGCAGUAUGAAGAUAAAUGGGAUUGGGUGCUGGAACACU